CACGGGACCUUAAAUAAGGUGACGAAACCGUCGAAGGCCAUUCCGACAUUCCGAGAAGAGAAGAGAAAGAGACGAAAAAGCGAAGCCCUAGCAUUUGUCUUCUCCUCUCUCUUCCUUUCCUUACGAUUCCUUAUCGUUUGUGUUUCUCUCGAUAUUUUAGGCGGCUUCCGUCUCCUCUUCGGCUAAUCUUACCUCUCACUCGCAUCAGAUGCACUUUUGGUUAUAUUCAUACCAAAAUGCAGAUUUUCAGCUGCUUUUUCAAUCCAAAUGGACUGCAAGAAGUUCAUCCAGAUGGUGGAGGAGAAGAAAAGAAAAAUUCUGGAGAAGAAGGAAGCUCCUUUGAAAUGGGAGCAGAAGCUGGAAGCGGCUGCCAAGGCUAAAUCUGAUACAGAAACCAAAGAAAAGAAGUCAAAGGGUGCUAAGCGAAAACACAGGGGUGCCUCUGAAUCUAGCUCAGAAAGUGAUAUUAGCUCUGAGGUGAGAAGAAAGUCAAGAAAAAGUCACAGUAAGCACCGAAGACACACACACUUUGAUUCAGAUGACAGCGACAGGAGGAAAGAGAAGAAAGCCAGGAGGCAUAAGAGAAGGUCCUCUAGUCCAAGCGACGAUAGCAGUGAUGAGUAUGAAAGCGGGUCAGAGGACGAGCGUAAGCACCGAAGACACGCACACAUUGAUUCAGAUGACAGCGAUAGGAGGAAAGAGAAGAAAUUCAGGAGGCAUAAGAGAAGGUCCUCUAGUCCAAGCGACGGUAGCAGUGACGAGUAUGAAAGCGGGUCAGAGGACGAGCUCAGGGUGAAGAUAAGGCACCACCGGAGGCACAAGUGGCAUAGCUCUAGACAGACUUGCCAUGAUGACGAUGCCGAAGAUGUGAGAAGAAGACAUGUAAAGCAUCACAGGCACUAGACCCGGCUCUAACCCAUGGGGGGAGGGGGCCGAUGCUAAGUGAUGCAAUCUUAAUUAACCUGAUGUCGUUUUGAGUAUUUUCCCUUCAUGUAGAGGAAUACCUCAUGAAAUACUUAUCAAAACACAAUGUAUUGAAUUCUCUUUCUUGGAUCUCUAUUUUUCUCUC